AAAGGUUCUGUUCUUUGAAUGACAGAAGCAGGGCAUCAUGUGGAGCUUCAACUUGCUCCUCUUCUGGGGGUAUUGUGGUAUAUUCAUCUGGGUUAUGUUUUCAUUGGAAUCAAUGGCAGUUGAUGUGAAUGAGUGUGCAGAUACCACCACGUGCCCAGCUUAUGCAAAAUGCAUUGACACUUCGGAUAGUUACUACUGCACUUGCAAACGAGGUUUUCUAUCCAGCAAUGGAAUGGAACACUUUAAGGACCCAGGAGUGACAUGCAUAGAUAUAGAUGAGUGUUCUCAAAGCCCCCCACCAUGUGGUCCCAACUCAGUCUGUGAAAACCUUCUGGGGAGGUACAAGUGCAGCUGUUCGCCUGGUUUCUCUUCUCCCACUGGAAAUAAAUGGAUCUCGGGAAAUCCAGGUCGUUUCAUCUGCACAGACAUCAAUGAAUGCCUCUCCCGUGGGGUCUGCCAAGAGCAUGCUGAGUGUAUCAACACCUUGGGAAGCUACAAGUGCAGAUGCCAGGUUGGAUUCAUCGCUCACAACUCCAUCUGUGAAGAUAUAGAUGAGUGUUCUCAAAGCCCCCCACCAUGUGGUCCCAACUCAGUCUGUGAAAACCUUCUGGGGAGGUACAAGUGCAGCUGUUUGCCUGGUUUCUCUUCUCCCACUGGAAAUAACUGGAUCUCAGGAAAUCCAGGUCGUUUCAUCUGCACAGACAUCAAUGAAUGCCUCUCCCGUGGGGUCUGCCAAGAGCAUGCUGAGUGUAUCAACACCUUGGGAAGCUACAAGUGCAGAUGCCAGGUUGGAUUCAUCGCUCACAACUCCAUCUGUGAAGAUGUGGAUGAAUGUGCUGAUCCCAGAACUUGCCCAGAGCAUGCCACUUGCCACAACAGUCCUGGAAGCUACUCUUGUGUCUGCAAUGUAGGAUUUGAAUCUAGUGGUGGAAAGAAGAGACUCCUGGGUUCCAGAGAGAUAUGUGGAGAUGUGGAUGAAUGUGCCAGGAACUCAACUAUUUGUGGCCUCAACUCUGUCUGUACCAACAUCCUGGGAGGAUAUAAUUGUUCCUGCCUGCCUGGGUACUUUUCGCCUGCUGUUUGGACUCCUGAGAAACCAGAAGAUUUCAUAUGUACAGAUAUUGAUGAAUGCUCCCAAGAUCCAUCACCAUGUGGCCCCAAUUCUGUCUGCACCAAUACCCUGGGCUCCUACAGCUGUAGAUGCAAUAAGGGCUUUCGUCCCAAUCCAGGAGGCUCCUCAAACUUCACCUGCCAAAAUGUGAAUGAGUGUGCAGAUACCACCACGUGCCCAGCUUAUGCAAAAUGCACUGACACUUCGGAUAGUUACUACUGCACUUGCAAACGAGGUUUUCUGUCCAGCAAUGGAAUGGAACACUUUAAAGACCCAGGAGUGACAUGCACAGAUAUAGAUGAGUGUUCUCAAAGCCCCCCACCAUGUGGUCCCAACUCAGUCUGUGAAAACCUUCUGGGGAGGUACAAGUGCAGCUGUUGGCCUGGUUUCUCUUCUCCCACUGGAAAUAAAUAUCUCGGAAAUCCAGGUCGUUUCAUCUGCACAGACAUCAAUGAAUGCCUCUCCCGUGGGGUCUGCCAAGAGCAUGCUGAGUGUAUCAACACCUUGGGAAGCUACAAGUGCAGAUGCCAGGUUGGAUUCUUCGCUCACAACUCCAUCUGUGAAGAUAUUGAUGAAUGCUCCCAAGAUCCAUCACCAUGUGGCCCCAAUUCUGUCUGCACCAAUACCCUGGGCUCCUACAGCUGUAGCUGCAUUGAGGGCUUUCGUCCUAAUCCAGGAGGCUCCUUGAACUUCACCUGCAAAAGGAUUCCCUUCAAGUGUAAAGAAGAUGUGAUACCAGACAAUGAGUGGGUCCAGCUAUGCCAAGUGGGAGCAUCCGUAGAGCUUGAACACGGUUCCUUCUGCACACUAAUGAAUGCCACCUUCAACAUUCUGGACAAUGCCUGUGAAAACAGAAGCACCGUGGUUUCUCUGAAGAGCAUGGUUGAGAGCUUUGCCUCUGUGCUACAACAAACAUCCACAUCCAACUUCACCAAAGAAGAGACAUCUGCUUUGGCCACUGUGGUCCUGGAGAGUGUGAAAAGCACCACCCUGGCAACUUUCCUGAAACCCUCCGCAAAUGUCAGUCAGACUAUUCAGACAGAACAAUUAGAAAUGGAAAGCAAAAUUAUCAAGGAAGAAUGCAUUGAAGAGAAUAUGACCUUUCACUUUAAAGCCAAAGGGGAUGAGAUGAAGAUUGGGUGUUCCACCAUUGAAGAAUCUAAAUCCACAGGGGAAAUCACAGGGACCACUGGGGUGGCUUUUGUCUCCUUUUUGGGUAUGGAGUCUUUUUUAGAUGAGAGCUUCUUCCAAGACCAACAGAUGCCCUCAGCCAUCUCUCAGAGGAUGGUGAAGAUUAAUUCUCGAGUUGUACAAGGCAUCAUGACUGGUGAGAAGAAGGAAGGCUUCUCUGACCCAAUCAUUUACACACUGGAGAACAUUAAGCCUAAGCAGGAAUUUGAGAAACCUAUCUGCGUUUCCUGGGACACCAAUGUGGAGGGUGGUAGGUGGACGUCUUCUGGCUGUGUGGUCCUCGAAGCUUCUGAGACGCAUACUGUCUGCAGCUGUAAUCAAAUGGUGAAUCUGGCCAUCAUCAUGGCUUAUGGGGAGCUCACGAUGGACUUCUCCUUGUACAUCAUUAGCCACGUGGGCAUGAUCAUCUCCCUGGUGUGUCUCGUCUUGGCCAUCAUCACCUUCAUCCUGUGUCGUUCCAUUCAAAAUCACAAUACCUACCUCCACCUGCACCUCUGCGUGUGCCUCUUCUUGGCCAAGGCUCUCUUCCUCACUGGAGUGGACAAAACUCAUAACAAGAUGGGCUGCGCCAUCAUUGCAGGCUUCCUGCACUACCUUUACCUCGCCUGCUUCUUCUGGAUGCUAAUAGAGGCUGUGAUGCUCUUCCUCAUGGUCAGGAACCUGAAGGUGGUGAAUUACUUCAGCUCCCGCCACGUCAAGAUGUGGUACCUCUGUGUCUUUGGCUAUGGGAUCCCGGGGCUAGUGGUGGCUGUCUCUGUCGGUGUUCAACCACAGGGUUAUGGAAUGCAUAAUCGCUGCUGGCUGAAUACGGAGAAAGGUUUCAUCUGGAGUUUCCUGGGGCCAGUCUGUACCAUCAUCGUGAUCAAUUCCAUCCUCCUAACUUGGACAUUGUGUAUCUUGAGGCAGAAGCUUUCCAGCGUCAACGCUGAAGUCUCCAAGCUCAAAGACAACAGGUUACUGACAUGCAAGGCCUUUGCCCAGCUCUUCAUCUUGGGAUGCUCCUGGGUGUUGGGCAUCUUCCAGAUUGGAUCCAUGGCUCGUAUCAUGGCCUACCUAUUCACCAUCAUCAACAGCCUGCAGGGAGCCUUCAUCUUCAUCAUUCACUGUCUGCUCAACCGCCAGGUACAGGAAGAAUAUAGGAGAUGCCUUACCAGGAAGAUCAAACCCAGUUCCGAGUCCCAGACCUCAGGGAUAUUACUGUCCUCUGUCCCCUCCACUUCUAAGACGGAUUAAAGCUCUUCUUCCUUUCAUAUGUGCUAUGGAGAAACAUCUGAGGAAAGCAGAUACCUACGGGAGCCUACUCUGAAAUCUCUUCACAGCUUGAUGCACAGAUGCAAGAUCCUGCCAGCCCCUGCACUCUCUGGGAAACAAGACUUUCUCUUCUAGGUUAUCAGUCCAUCUUCCAUGUUCUGCUCUUUGAGUUUCCAGAGUUUGGAAGAAACAGAUCCCAGUGCAAUGGCAUGGCCAAGAUUAUCUGGCUACUAUUUUGGUUUCUCCCAAGUUCACGGUGCGUGACUGCAAGUGUGUCUCUCCAGAACACAGAGCAGCCCCUCAAUUAAUGAUUUACCAUAUGACUGAGUGACAUACCCUUUGACAAAGCCUCCUCCUGCUUUGAAAGAAAUGGUCAGUAAAACAAUAAUUAUGGGCCCCAAGGGGGUGAAUAAAACACAUAGACCUAUCAACUACUUUUGGACAAACACUUAAUGCAGUUACAUUGGUGAGUAGGAGUGCUGGACGGAGGAGAAUCCCAGCGUUUCAUGGAGGGUUGCAGCGCUUGAUGACAGCACACUUUGGAAAGUGUUUUGGUUUCCUGGGACCUUUCAGGGAACCAACACCUCUCUCCAGGAACUUUCAUGGGACUUGCCUAGGAUUCACACUGCUCACAAAGCUAUCACCAUCCCACGUUGCCCUCCAUCCUGCAUAAAAUCUUGAUUGCCAGGGAGAGAGGAGGGAGAUGCAACUUUAAAAUAUAGAUAUACUCUGUGCUCACUUUGGUAGCACAUAUACUAAAAUUGGAACAAUAAAAAAUAUAUAUCCUCCCUUCCAUGGCCACUCUAAUCCUCCCUACUCAGAGUGUGGUCUGUGGACCAGAAGCAUUGGCAUCACCUUGUGAGGAAAGCAGGAUACCAGGCCCUACCCUCUAUUGGCCGAACCAGAACUUGUGUUUUAAGGAGAGCCCCUGGGGACUCACUCAUGAAUGUUCUAGAAUAUUCUGGAAUACUCUUCUGUUUGCCAUGCAGAUAGCAGAGCUUGUCUUUAAAACCAGAAAGAGGGACGCCUGGGUGGCUUAGCAGUUUAGCACCUGCCUUCGGCCCAGGGUGUGAUCCAGGAGUCCCGGGAUCGAGUCCCGCAUCAGACUCCCUGCAUGGAGCCUGCUUCUCCCUUUGCCUGUGUCUCUGCCUCUCUCUCUCUCAUAAAUAAAUUAAAAAUCUUUUAAAAAUAGUCAUAAAUUAAUUAUUAAAUUAAAUAUUUUUAA